AUGCGGUGCUCACAAUGUCAAAACUCCGAAUCCAAGUAUAAAUGCCCAGGUUGCGGGAAUCAAACCUGUUCUUUAGACUGUUUCAAACAGCAUAAAAUCACCAGAGAGUGCUCUGGUCUCAGUGAUGUUUCCGAAGGGAAAACUACCUAUAAGACAAAAAGUGAACUUUCACAGUUAGAUGUACAUCGAGACUAUAAUUUUCUUUCAAAGAUCGGUCGUCAAAUACAACUAGGAAGGAGAGCUGCUGAUUCUAUAAACGCUCAUCAAAGACGUGCACAUUUGAAUGAACGGAGAACCCCUCGCAAACAAAGAGGUCCUCAAAGAUUAAAAGCUCAGGCAAGAGUAAGAUCCUCCGAACUCGAAGGUAAAUCUGAUUCUUUAUUGCCUCCAUCUACAAAUACAACGAAACCGUUCAGAGUGAAUUGGAUUCGUAUCAACGAGAAACUUCAACAAGUUGCCGAUAUCAGUAAGGACACAGACUUUCACAGUACCAUAGAGGUCUCUUGUCCCCAUGAGCUUCUAUCUUUUGAAAUCACAAACGAUGAGCAUGGCUCGCAGUUGUCUGCAGCUACAUCUAAUGAUACGUCAAAGGAGGUCAAAGAUAAUUUUGACUUCUUUUUGUCAUGCAAAUUUUCCUCCAAUGAAGAAACCAAACAGCUGGAUCCCAACAUUUCAUUUUCAGACUUGUUGAAUGAACAGACUCAAGCCGAUUCUAUCACAAUUUAUGUCUCGUACAAGAACACGGUGAGCCGGAGUUCGAUUUAUGAGUUUGAUCAAAAAUUUAAUAACAGUUCUCAUCUGAUCAAUUCAUUGGAAACCCGUGUCGAAGGUGAGUCGAGCGACGAUGAGCCACCAGAGUUAUCUCUUCUAAUAACACAGUCGACUAAAGCAUCUUCAUAA